CAGGAGUGACUAAAAAGGAAGCAAUAUGAAUGUGUUAUUUGCUUUGACUGUUUUGGCGACGGCUUUGCAGACAGGAAAUUGCAUUAAGUGCUAUUUAUGUGAAUCAAAAACUCAAGAUGCAUGCCACGACCUCACGACUGGAGAGUUGCAGCCAAGAGAAUGUACCCCAGAAUUACUUCGAACUGCCAGCACUGAACUAACGAAAAAUCUUCGCAAUUUGGGAAAUCUCUUCAACGUUGACGUGUUUGGAUCCUCAACUCUAAAUGUUCCGAUGGCAUGUCAGAAGACAGUCACCACAAUUAACGGCGAGAAGUUGACAGUGCGCGGAUGCCAACUAGGUCGCACGGAUUCGAUGGAUCCUUGCCGGAUUUUCGAGAAUAAGGUCGGCGACGAGACAAACGCCCAAGUUAACCAUUGUUCACUCUGCGAAGAAGACGGCUGCAACGGCGCAGGUUCCCUACGCGGGCUACUGCUCCACUGCGGCUUGUUUCCUGCGAUUCUCCUCCUGGUCGUUUGGCGCGUGCUUGUUGACGCGUAGGCGCGUAAAAGACCAUGGAUUGCUAGUCACGAAUUGGUUUUAAAUAAGAAAACUUUA